GAGAGGCCUCGGGGAGAUCCCGGGGUUUGAGACAGGGAGAGCCCUGGGAAGGUCCAGGCCUGAGACCACAGGGAGAACCCAAAGAGAGCCUAGGGAGAGCCAGGACCUGCUUUAGGGAGACCCCAAAGAGACCCCAGGGAGACCAGAGGGAGACCCCAAAGAGACCCCAGCCGGCUGCUAUGGAUGCCCUGCACGAGGCCGGGAUCUGGGCAGCCGUGACCCUGCAGUCUGGACCGCCCUGGCUGGAGCAGUUCUGGGUCUACCUGACGUCCCACUUCGAUCCCAAAUCCAUCUACACCUUCUGCUUCCCACUGGCCCAUGGGCUGGAUGCUCGGGUGGGGCUCAUGGUGCUCUGGAUUGGGCUCGUGGCCGAGUGGCUCAACGUGGUCCUCAAAUGGUUCCUGUUCGGGGAACGCCCGUAUUGGUGGAUCCAUGAGUCUGGGUUGUUCUCCCGGGAGGAGCUGGAGAAGUUCCCGUUGCGCCAGUUCCCGGUCACUUGCGAAACGGGCCCAGGGAGCCCCUCGGGCCACUGCAUGAUCCCCGGGGCGGCCCUGUGGCCACUUGUCACCGCGCUGACAGCCAAGGUGGCCCGGAGCACCCGGAGCCGAGUGCUGAGGCUGAUCCCAUUAUUUGCCUACACCCUCUUCCUUGUGGCUAUGGGACUCUCCCGGAUCUUCGUCCUGGCCCACUUCCCCCACCAGGUGGUCACUGGCAUCCUGGCAGGGUCAGCACUGGGGUGGGGGUUGCAGCGCUGUCCCCCCAACUUCCGCGUGUUCCGGUUCUUCGUGGCGGUGGCUGUGGUGCUGAUGCUGAGUGCGCUGGCCCUGCACAGCCUGGCCAUGGCUGCUGGCAUCGACCUUGACUGGUCUCUCCGCCUGGCCAGCGCCUGGUGCUCAGACCCGGCAUGGCUGCGGCCGGACACACGGCCCUUCGCCUCGCUGUGCCGGGUGGUGGGCAGUGCUCUGGGGCUGGCCCUGGCUGCCGAGACCCCUCCGCACCACCGGGACGAGGAGCAGCUCCUGGAUGGCCGCCUGCGGGUGGCAAGCACGGCACUGGCCCUGCUGGCCCUGCAGCUGGUGCACAGGCUGCCCAGGCCCUCGGACACGGCUGCCCUGUACAGGCACGUGGUUGUGCACUACGCGGCUGGGCCCUUCCUGGUGGUCUCCGUCCUGCCCCGAUUUGUCAUUGCCCUCAGGAGCUUCCUUGAGCCCCCCCCCACCCCCCCCCGCCCCAAUUAGGCCCCCCCCCCCCCCCAUUCUGGUUUGUUCUCAACCUCAUAGAG